CUGGUCUCUAUCCCCGAGGACUUAGCAAAACAAUCAGCAACCCGGAGCAAAAGAAAACUCGUAAGUUAACAUGUCUAUGUUCUAUUUGCCGGAAUUCCCCCAAUAUUAGGAUUGUUUUAGUUUGGAAUCACUUGUAUUGCAAUGGAUUUAUGGAGGGUUACAAGUUUUGGUUUCUCCAUGGAGAAAGACUGGAUUAUGCUAGUACUAGCGAACCAUAUGUUGCAGAUAGCCUAGAAGAACAUAGAACGGAAGUAGAUUUUGGCGUAGAGACUAUUCACAUGGUGAAGGAUGUGUAUAGGAAAAAUAUGCAGUCACUGGGUGAAGAUAGAGUUACGGUGGAGGAACCAAAUUUAGAAGCUCAAAGGUUUUUUGGUAUGUUAGAUGCAGCUAAGCAGCCGCUACAUAGAGGUUAUAGAGAUGGUCAUUCGCCUUUAUCAUCUGCAAGUAGAUUGAUGACCAUAUUUUGUCCGUAAAUCGUCGGUUAUGGGCCUAACCGAUGGAUUAUCAACAGUUUUGUUCGUCGGUUACACGAUGAUUUCUUGUAGGAUAUUCUUUGGAUAAACUCAUAAUUCAGUUGAUGAAUACUUGGAAAAAAAAAAGAUUAAAUAGGAAACUAAAGAUUUUAAAAAGAUCUGCCAGAAAAAAAAAAAAGAUUCUGAAAAGAUUAUAGUAAUUAAAUCUCAGUUUUUUGUAUUCAAGUAGAACUAUAUACCUAGAGAGACUAGAGCAGAACAAUUUGCCAAAUAUGGAUCGCCGUAAAAUCGUCCGACGUAACACACAAUCAUCGACCUCAACGAAUGUAGGCGAAAAUGAAAACACAAAUACGUUUUCCAUCGAUCUCAUUAUCGAGAUACUCUCAAGAUUAUCGUCGAAAUCUAUCGCAAUUUGUUGUUGUGUCUCCAAGCAAUGGUCGUCCUUACUUCGACGUCAAGAUUUCACGGAACUGUUCCUGACAAGUUCAUCGUCUCGACCGCGUCUUUUGUUCGCCGUCGAAUUCGACAGCAAGUGGCACUUCUUCUCAUCCCCUCAGCCUCGAAAUCUUGAUGAACACGUAAGUGUUGUAGUAACAGAUUGCCAUAUGGGUUUCUCUGGAGAUUGGUACAAGGAAAUUUGUCUAUCUGCCAAUGGAUUGUUCUAUCUGAAUGAUAAACAAAUGUUAAAGGGAAAGAUAGAUAGGAUUCCUGUGAUAUGUAACCCUAGCACGGGUCAGCACCUACUUUUACCUAAAGUGAGAGCAAAGAAUGUUGAUUUGAGAAGCUUUUUCGGGUAUGAUCCCAUCGAGAAACAGUUCAAGGUUUUGUGCAUGACCGUGACGAUUUAUAGAAGACAAACUAGCUCCAAAGAGCAUCAAGUUUUGACAUUAGGUAAGGGAAAACUAUCGUGGAGAAAGAUCGAAUGUUUGAUUCCGAUGCAUUAUCCUAACAAGCAGAGCAAGGAGAUAUGCAUCAACGGUGUUUUGUAUUACAUAGCUUGGUCCAACAUGACUACUUUGAUAGCAUGCUUUGAUGUUAGGUCGGAGAAAUUUAGGUUUAUAGAAAUGGACAAUAGUUGUAAGUUACGUUGCAUUUCGACUCUGAUAAACUACAAGGGAAAGUUAGGUGUUCGAGUGUAUGUUAUUGGUAGUGAUGAUGAGUUAUUGGUUCUAGAUGAUAGCAAGAACGAUCAAUGGUCGAAGCCAGGCCCGGCCCUGCUUGUCACUGGUUUGUUUCGAAGUGUUUUCUUCACUUGA